CGCAGCGCGGCCGCGACGGCCCCGCCAUGAGCCGGAGGUAGCGGCGGCUGCGCUUUCCGCAGCCGCCGCCGCCGGCCUCGCCGCGGCGGCGGCCGGGCCCGCGAUGCCGAACCAGAAGGGCGGCAAGGGCAAGAAGAACAAGCGCGCCAACAGCAGCGGCGACGAGCAGGAGAACGGGGCGGCGGCGGGCGGCGGAGCAGCGGCGGCAGCAGGCAGCGGUGCCGCGGCUGGCGGCGGAGCUGGGGCGGCGGCGGCUGGCGGCGGCAGCGGGGCGGGCGGCGGAGCGGGCGGCCCGGCGGCGGCGGGCGGCGCGGCGCCCGGAGACGUCAAGAGCGAAGCCCCUUGUGCUACUCCACUGAUCUGUAGCUUUGGAAGGGCGGUGGAUCUGGAGAAGGAUGACUACCAGAAGGUUAUAUGCAACAACGAGCAUUGUCCAUACAGCACCUGGAUGCACCUUCAGUGCUUCUAUGAGUGGGAAAGCAGUAUCCUCGUCCAGUUCAAUUGCAUUGGCAGAGCCAGGAGCUGGAAUGAAAAGCAGUGUCGCCAAAACAUGUGGACAAAGAAGGGCUAUGACCUAGCUUUUCGCUUUUGCUCCUGUCGGUGUGGGCAGGGUCAUUUAAAGAAGGACACUGACUGGUACCAAGUGAAGCGAAUGCAGGAUGAUAAGAAGAAAAAGUCCGUGUUGGAGAAGAGUACAGGAAGGUCAGUGGCAGAGUCAGCAGAGGAGGCCAAAAAGGGCAGGCCAGCCAACAAGCCUCAGAAAGGCUUGAGUAAUGACAUCCAGCGAAGGCACUCGAUGGACCGGCAGAACUCCCAGGAGAAGGGUAUCAUGGGCGGCAGCUACACCAUCCGUUCGCCUUGCGUCUCUCCUGGCCAGUCCCCACCCACCGGCUACUCUAUUCUUGCGCCCACACAUUUCAGCGUCCCUCGUUCCUCCCGAUACCUAGGAGAGUUUCUGAAGAAUGCCAUUCACCUGGAGCCCCAUAAGAAGAACAUGGCCGGUGGGGGCAUGUUCAGGAACGCGCAUUUUGAUUAUGGGGCAGCUGGCUUGCAAGCACAUAGGUCAGGACACUUCGAUGCCCCUGUGCAGUUUUUGAGAAGGCUCGAUCUGUCUGAGCUGCUUACUCAUAUCCCCAGGCAUAAAUUGAAUACCUUCCAUGUGCGGAUGGAAGAUGAUGCCCAGGUGGGCCAAGGGGAGGACCUUCGGAAGUUCAUCCUUGCUGCUCUUAGUGCCAGCCACAGGAACGUUGUAAACUGUGCACUAUGCCACAGGGCGCUGCCAGUGUUUGAACAGUUUCCGCUGGUGGAUGGGACCCUGUUCCUUAGCCCAUCGAGACAUGAUGAGAUUGAAUAUGAUGUUCCCUGUCACCUUCAAGGAAGGCUUAUGCACCUUUAUGCUGUUUGCGUAGACUGCUUAGAAGGGGUUCACAAAAUUAUCUGCAUUAAGUGCAAGUCCCGAUGGGAUGGAAGCUGGCAUCAGCUGGGAACUAUGUAUACCUACGAUAUUCUGGCAGCAUCUCCCUGUUGUCAGGCUCGACUGAACUGUAAGCACUGUGGGAAGCCAGUAAUAGAUGUACGGAUUGGCAUGCAGUAUUUCUCUGAAUACAGCAACGUCCAGCAGUGUCCUCACUGUGGAAAUCUAGACUACCACUUCGUGAAGCCAUUUUCUUCAUUUAAAGUUUUGGAGGCUUAUUGACGAAAGCUUUGCUUUAGUAAUAGCUAUUUUAUGGGUAUUUCAACUUUAUUACAUAUCUUUUUAUAGGAUUCAUUCUGUGAUGAAAUUUGAUUUUUUUUCUAACUGAAAGAGCGGCUUCUUUGUGUACAUAUUAAUAUGUAUAUAUACAUGUUGUUAAAACCAGAACCCUCCUGACAAGAUCUCUCUGAAGGUUGGAGGCAAGCCAAUUUAAUGGCCUUUGAAUAUAUCCUGGGUGGGGGGUAAAGUUCAGCUGAAAAUGAUUUGGGUUUAUUUUUUUGUAUAAUUGUAAUACAGUUUAUAGAAAGGAUGUGGGGAGACAUACAGGACAGAGAAAUAUGUCCUGUUGGAAAGUGGGCAGUUGUGUAGGGGCUGUUGUCCCUCCAGCUUGGUGGAAAUGGGAAAUCCCUGGAAAGAAACCAUCCUGUUACUAUUGAAUUCCUUCAGCCUUUUGCAUCGGUUCCCAUGGGCACAGAAGCUGGCCCUGUGCUGCCAGUCACCUGAGCAGGCUUUCUUGCAGAUUUCCUGAGAUGGGGUAAACUAAGGUAUUGUGACAAGUGAAUGUAAAUGUAUGCCAGAAAAUGCAAUCUUGAAAUGAAUUAUUUUUUUGGCAUAGUGUCUUCCUGCUGUGUGCGUUUGAUGUGUGUUGCCUUCACUGACGGACCGUAGGGCAAUAGUGCUACUUCCACUGGGGUUGUCAUUGUGCCCAGCCAGCUCAUCUGUCCAUACCAAAACAAGCUGGAGGUCUUAAAAUGCUUUAUUUAAAGGUGUUUGUUCACAGCCAUUUCUGGGGGGGAACAGGCUGAGCUGAAUGGGCAUGUGUUUGUAUGUGUCUGCUGGGGCUGGGGCUUUGCUGCCUACUGCAGACUGGUGUGGCUGGUGUGGAAGGAGGACCAUGAAGCAGGAUCUGGGCUGUCAGACCUGUAAGAGCUGAGAGGUACUGAAUACAAAAUACAGCAUCGCUUUUUAUAACAAUUAAUUUCUGCACCUUUGUCUUCCAAAAUGGCAUGAAGUCCAGGAUUUAAAAACUUGGAGACUAUGCAGACUUGGCAUAUUUGCUUUCUAUAUGCCUCUGUGCUGUAUGAAAUAAGACUAUGCAUUAGUCAGUGAAUUUGUAUCAGAGGGCUUGGCUCUAUAGACUCUGCGGUUGUUGUAGACUCUGCAGUUGUUGUUUCUUGGUUCCCAUUUCUUCCUUCCUUAAAUAAAGUUUUUAAAAUAGGU